AUGUCGUACGACCGAACGUACCGCAAGACUACUACAACCACGAAUCGCGGCAGACGACCUCUCUAUGCUCCCCCUCCUCCGCCUGGCGGGCACAACCGCCAGCAUUCCGUCCUGGGAUAUUGGGUGCCGCUGAUUACAAUCGGCACAAUCGCAGUCGGUGGUCUGGCAGCAUGGAUCUGGUCAGAGCGGGAGACCGAGGACGAUGAUCAAUAUCCUCACGACAAGCCACCUCGGCCGUCCACGGGCAUGGGUGGUCCAUAUCCCACACAAGGUGCACAGCCAUACACUGGACCUUUGCAGCCCGGUGGAGUGCCUCCGGGAGUUGUGCCUCUUCACGAUCAGUCCACACAUGGCAUGCCGCCGCCGGUCGGAGCUGAAGGGCAGGCGUCGUACCACGGCGAGGCGAGCAGCUACUACGCUUCCACGGAAACACAGUCGCGCGAGAUACGGGAUGACAGAACGUUCAUCGGAAGAAUGACUGGUGCGAUUAAGCGAACUCCGUCUCCUCAGCAGUUCUUCGAUUCAGCCUCGAAGCAAGUCAUGGGUGGCAUUGCCGCAGCAGGAACAGCUCUGGGCAGCAUAAUGGAAGUGGACAGCAACGCAGAUCCGUACUCGGAGAGGGGAUCGCGGAGUCAGUCACGGCUGCGACAAGAGAGGGAAGGUUUCAGUGACCACGAACGAUGGAGCGAGGAGGCGGACGAGAGGCACAGAAUCAGCACGGUCGAGGCAGAUAGCGAGAAGGGUGCAAAGAAUGCUGCCAAAGAUAAGGGUAAAGGCAGAUCGAAGCGUGCUGUCGCGGUGGUUGUCAGUGCAGAUGUGGGUGAUGAGCAGGAACAUGAAGGCAUGUUCACUGAGCACGGGUCCAUCCUCUCUCAUCUGCCAACGCAAUACGAUCCUGCUCGCAGUGAUCUCUUCGUCCUCAUUUACGCACCUGGUCUCAAGCAGUUGCCAUCUGCAGACUACAAGCCAGGUCGCGCAGGUUCCUCGCUCGGCGGAUCCUACUCUGAGAUCAUUACUCCUGCACACACACCAGGCUCCGAGCUUCAGAGCAUCUCGCCACGUAUUGAUGCACAACCUGAUUUUAACCAGAAGCAAUUCGAUGCGCUCUGGACUCAGGCACUAUCUCUGGUCUCCAACCCGACACAGAUCAUGCCUUUCACUACGAAAGACGGAUACGUGCACGUGCUCAGGCAUCUGGCGCCACAACUGGUCUACAUCAGCGACACCUUGUCUGGCCGCGAGGGCGAGACCAUCGCACAACUGAAGGGCUGGGUCGGACACACGGUCCUAGUCGUCGGUGACGAAGGCCACGGAGGCCUGGCAGACACUGAGACCGAAACUGAAGACGAGCGAAGCGGCGGCAGGAAACCAAGCAAGUGGUACGAACAUUCCAGCUUCGUUGGCUUAGGCAAGGAAGUCGAUCUGGUCGACUCUACCCGUGUCGGUGAUGACUGGGCGAGAAGAGUGAAUGCAAAAGAGUAG